AUGAAAGUGAAACUGGCCACUCAAGUCUUGAGCCACUCAGUUGAAGCUGCGUUGAUGAUGGCAAUCAGUGGUGGUCUUCUCCCCGCAUCAGCUUCUGGUACAGCCGAAUUAGUGUCCCAUUUCGAUGAUAUUUUUGAUUGCUUAAACAGCUCCACAUUCAGCACCCCCAAAGAGUGUAACCGACCUAUGACAGCCUCAUCCAAGCACAUGCAAACGAUGAAGGAUAAGCUUGAGUUUGUCAAGAAAAUUAAAGUAAUCAAUGCAGCUAGAAACAAAGAUGUCACAUCAUCAUUGAAAUGUCUCAAUGCACUACAAAUAACACUUCGCUCAACCAUGGAAUUGUGGAAGACAGUUCAAGGUAAUGUCAAAUUUCUAUGCACUAAACGUUUGAACCAAGACCCGUUAGAGAACUUUUUUGGAUCCAUCCGACAACAAGGAGGCAACUGUGAUAAUCCUACACCGCUACAAUUCACCCGGGCAUUUAGAAAAUUGUUUUUUAACAAUUAUCUUCUUCCAAUGGGUACUGGUAACUGUGCUCCAGAUCUUGAUACCAUCCUGGUCCAUAACAAAGCAGUCAAGAACAGCAAAACUGCUAAGAUCGACAGCAACAUUGCAUCUAAGGAAGAAAAAGAAAACAGCAGUGCACAGCCGAUGCUAUUCCAUGACAUCCAAGACGUGGACUAUAAGUCUUCCACAAUAGAAGAGAACUUAACUUCAAACAAUGCAACAACUUAUGUUUGUGGGUACCUAUUGAAGAGAUGUCUGGAAAAACAUAGUUGCCAAACAUGUUCCAGUGCUUUGAUCAAAAAUGAACUUGAUAGUACCGACAAACUGCUAUGUUACUUCAAGGCCUAUGAAACAAGCAAACAACCAUUUGGAGGACUUACUGUGCCUGAUGAUGGCCUUGUACAAUACAUUUCGAAGGCAGAACAAAUAUUUAUUGAAGCAUUUCCAACAAUUAUUUCCAAACCUGGCAUCGCUAAACAACUUGUAUCAAUGAUUCCACAAUUCCAG